CACCCCCGGGAUUUUUGUUUCCUCGUAGUAGCCUGCUGCUGCCUGGCUGACAUGGGAYGAUCAGACCCUCACAGGAUCAUGGCCAUGAUGCAGACCGUGGCGAGCUCCAGUCCCGGGCAGUCCUGCGUGCUGAUUCUGAUCUUCACAGUGCUCCUGCAGUCCCUGUGUGUGGCUGUGACUUACAUCUACUUCACCAAUGAGCUGAAGCAGAUGCAGGACAAGUACUUCCAAGGUGUCGUUGCCUGUUUCUUAAAGGAAGAUGACCGAUUUUGGGACCCCACUGAUGAAGAUUCUAUGAACAGCCCCUGCUGGCAAGGGAAGUGGCAACUCCGACAGUUUGUCAGGAAGAUGAUUUUGAGAACCUAUGAGGAAACCAUUCCUACAGUUGAAGAAAAACAAGCUAUUUCUUCCUUAGAGAGAGAAAGAAGACCUCAGAGAGUAGCAGCUCACAUAACAGGGACCACUCGGAGAAGCAUUACAUUCUUAGAUCCAGACUCCAAGAGUGAAAAGGCUUUGGGCCAGAAAAUAAAAUCCUGGGAGUCAUCAAGGAAGGGACAUUCAUUCCUGAAAAAUUUGCACUUGAGGAAUGGAGAACUUGUCAUCCAUCAAACAGGUCUUUAUUACAUCUAUUCCCAAACAUACUUUCGAUUUCAGGAAAUUGAAGAAACUUCAGGAAUACUUUCAAAAGAUACCAAAAAGAAAAGCAAACAGUUGGUACAGUAUAUUUACAAAUGUACGGACUAUCCUGACCCUAUAUUGCUGAUGAAAAGUGCCAGAAAUAGUUGUUGGUCCAAAGAUUCUGAAUAUGGACUCUAUUCCAUCUAUCAAGGGGGGAUGUUUGAGCUGAAGGAAAAUGACCGAAUUUUUGUCUCUGUAACUAAUGAACACUUGAUUGACUUGGACCAAGAAGCCAGUUUUUUCGGGGUCUUUUUGAUUGCUUAAAUGAUCUGCAGAGGAGCAUCGUUUGAGCCCAGGAGUUAAAGAUCAUCCUGGGAAAUUUAGCAAGUCUCCAUCUCUGAAAAGAAGGUACACAAGGCAGCAGCUAAACCAGUGUCCUCUUGGAACAAAUGGAAGCCUGGCUGAGUCCCAAAUGUUCACUUUGGUUUCUCUGGUGUGGGGAGACUAGGAAGGAUUACACACAGGGCCACUGAGGGAUCAUGGCCCGGCUGACACCUUGAUUCAGACUUCUAGCUCUGAGGCCAGAAGAGAAUAAAUUCCUGUUGCUGAAAGCCACCCAGAUUGAAACACCUUGUUCCAGCAGUUCUAGGAAGCUGACACAGCCUUUCAUGCCUUGUUCAAGAAAUGUUGCCACUGACAAUCAUACAGAUAUGGAUACACACACACACACAUACACACACUCUCACACACACACACACACACACACACACACACACACAC